AUGUGCAAUCUAAAGCUGCCAGUUGUCCUUAUUGUGCUCUCUGUUGCUUUAAGCUAUCUGGAGGCUACACCUAUUGAUAGACUGUCAGUGGCUGGUGAUCUCUCCGAUGGAACUUCUGACAGACAGGAAUGGAUAUUGCCAAUUCUGUCAAGAAAUACACUGUUGGAACUUAGUGGAAUGGUGCCUGAACAAGGAGCAGGAAAAACCAAAAGUCAUCAUCUGGAAAAAAGGAAAUGUAACACGGCCACAUGUGUGACACAGCGCCUGGCUGACUUUCUAGUUCGAUCCAACAACAAUAUCGGAGCAAUUUUCUCUCCUACCAAUGUGGGAUCCAACACAUAUGGCAAGAGGGAUACAGUUGGGAUAUUAAGCAGAAAAACUCUGAAUUAUGUCCCACAUUAG